GUAGGGAAAUACCAGCCCUGUGCUGUGACCCCUCCCCGUGCACCAUCGGGGUACUGGGGUCUUUGCUCCAGGAGCCCCCGAGAGUGCCCCCCCCAGCCCUUCAGUAUGCCCUCCGUAUGGGCAACAAGCAGGGCAAAAUCGCAGCGAGCAUCUCUUCUCUCCUCAACCGAAAACAAUUUUGAAAACGAAAGCAGGGAGGCAGAGCCGGAGACGUUAUCUCGCUCCUUUUUAACGUUUCAGAUAGGAAACAGCAGCCUUUCAUCUGUCCCAGGGCAUCAGGCAAUUUGCAUUUCAAGAGGUCAGGAGGUAGCUAUUCCUUUUUACCGUCUGCAAAUAGUUAUUAAAAGUCUAUUUGGAAACAAAACAACGCACGCAUGGAAAGAUGGCCUCUGCAGGCUCCAGUUAACUGCUCCUGUCAUCCCUGAUUUCCCUGGUUGCUGCUGGAGGAUGCUGAAGCGAGGAGGUACGGGCACCGCCGGAGGAGGUCGGCCACCAUGGGCUCGGUGGGAGCCGAGCGCUUCAAGGAGCUGAGCCCGGUGGGGACGCCGGAGGGCAACGUGGUGAUGAGCUUCAGCUUCGACAGCUACCAGCUGGAGGAGGACGAGCUGCAGCGGGGCAGCCAGGCCAAGGGCGUCCUCACCUUCAUGGAGCCCGUUACUGAGGAUCCUGAGCCACAGGAUCGAUACCAUGGGAUUUACUUUGCCAUGCUGCUGGCUGGGGUAGGAUUUCUUCUGCCGUACAACAGCUUUAUCACCGAUGUGGACUACCUGCACCAUAAAUACCCAGGGACCUCCAUCGUCUUCGACAUGAGCCUCACCUACAUCCUGGUGGCCUUGGUGGCCGUCAUCCUCAACAACGCGCUGGUGGAGUUGCUGAGCUUGCACACCCGGAUCUCCGUGGGAUACCUCUUUGCCCUGGGGCCCCUGCUCUUCGUUAGCAUCUGCGACGUCUGGCUGGAGCUCUUCACCCGCCGGCAAGCCUACGCCAUCAACCUGGUGGCCGUCGGGGUGGUGGCCUUUGGCUGCACAGUGCAGCAAUCCAGCUUCUACGGCUACACGGGGCUGCUGCCCAAGCGCUACACGCAGGGGGUGAUGACGGGCGAGAGCACCGCUGGGGUCAUCAUCUCACUCAGCCGCAUCUUCACCAAGCUGCUGCUGUCGGAUGAGAAGGAGAACACGGUCAUCUUCUUCUUCAUCUCCAUCGGCAUGGAGCUGACGUGCUUCAUCCUCCACCUCCUGGUGAAGCGUACCCGCUUUGUCCGCUACUACACUGCCUGCUCCCGCAAGGGUCUCCCCGAGCCCCGGGGGGCUGGUGACCAUGGGACGGGCUACCGCAUCCACCACGAUGUCACCACCGAGGACGUGCGAUUUGAGAACCGGCCGCGGGGACAGCUGAGCUCCCCCCGGGGCAGCCCAGGCCCCGAAGCUGAGCUGGCCGGCAGCGGCACCUACAUGCGCUUUGAUGUCCCUCGGCCCAAAAUCAAGAGGAGCUGGCCCAGCUUCAGAGACAUGCUGCUCCACCGCUACGUCGUGUCCCGGCUCAUCUGGGCCUACAUGCUCUCCAUCGCCAUGACCUACUUCAUCACGCUGUGCCUCUUUCCCGGGCUGGAGUCAGAGAUCCACAACUGCACGCUGGGGGAAUGGCUCCCCAUCCUCAUCAUGGCCAUCUUCAACCUCUCCGACUUCGUUGGCAAGAUCCUGGCUGCCCUGCCCUACGACUGGAGAGGGACCCACCUCCUUGUCUACUCCUGCCUCCGUGUGGUCUUCAUCCCCCUCUUCAUCAUGUGCGUCUACCCCAAUGGGAAGCCCACCUUUGGCCACCCUGCCUGGCCCUGCAUCUUCUCUCUCCUCAUGGGUAUCACCAACGGCUACUUCGGCAGCGUCCCCAUGAUUCUGGCCGCUGGGAAAGUGAGCCCUGAGCAGCGGGAGCUGGCAGGGAACACCAUGACCGUGUCCUACAUGACGGGCUUAACGCUGGGCUCUGCCGUGGCGUAUUUUGCCUACAGCCUCACCAGUACCUCCCACAGUACCUGUUUCUACACCGAAACCUCCAACGGCUCCUUUACGUCGGGGUACUGAGCCCCAGGGCGGGGCGACGGGGACGAGAUGGGACCUGCUUCCCACUAUGGUCCCCACCGCCCCGCUUGGCCCAUGUCCCUCCUCGGGGAGGGAGCCUGGAGCCAGAAAGCUGCCCCAGGGCAGCCAGGGACAGGCAUCCCAUCAGCAUGGGGCCGCGGCAUCCCAAAAAUGGCCAGUGCCGCCCAGCCAGGGCCAAUUCUUGGGAUGACACACCACCCCCCCAGCCCAGGGGAUGGUCCCGUUGCUCUUGGGGGGCUCCCCAUCAGCGAUGUGCAGCUCUUCAGUGGGGAGGGGGGGGGUAUGUUCUCCUGUUUGAGCCAAGCCAUUGCCAGGUGGAAGAAACUACUGCCAAAUCCCAGGGGGAACAGGACCACCGCUGGGGAGGAGGGUGAUGGAGGGCCGGUGAGGAAGACGAGGAGCAAGAGAUGAAGGAACUGCUCCUUCAGGCCCCGGAGGCUCUGGGAAGGUGGGUCUCGAUUGCCGGUGCUGCAGAAUGGCUUGAAAUCACGAUCCCUCCCCAAACACCAAUCGCUGUGUAAAAGACCCAACUCCCUUCUGCUGGCUGGCAAAAAGAAAAAAAAAAACAAAAAACCAAACAAAUCAACCUUUUUUUCUGGUUGUGUCCUUUUUUUUUGCGCCCCCCCCCCCCCCAAACUGCGAGAGAGUCAGGGUCUUGCCUCCCCUGCCCCACACUGUGGGUCUGCCCCAUCACCUCCCUCUCCCGGCUGCAGUGGGGCAGAGAGGGGGGGGAUCCUGAUGUCCUGAGGAAGGGUCUUGAGGCCACAGCCCUGUGGAUGCCACCCACAAGCCAUUGCUGAGCUUCAGGCUUUUAUUGCAAGGGACAUAAAUGAAGCCGAUGCCAGAUGAAAUGUCUUUGCAGCGAUGGCGGGUCCUUAGCUGUGACACCGGCACAGCCCUGGCACUGCAGGCACUCGGCUGCUGGUGUGGGCUGGGCUGGCAAACGCACACGGGGUGACACCAGCUGCCUGUCCUGUGGGGCUUUGGGGUGUCCCUUGUGCUGCUCCCCAUCGCCAGGGUCCCCUCUGUCACCUGGGGCAGCUGGAUUUGUCACUGGGUCCCAUCGAACACCUGCCAGCCUGCAAACCACUGCUGAAGUGCAACACAUUUGAGGGCAGCAACCAUCUGGAGAAGGUGCCACCACCAGAAGCUGCUGCUUUUCAGGACCGGCUGCACCUCAUUGUGCCAGGAGUCGGCGGGUGCCACCUCCCACGGAAGCGAAGCCCAAGGGCUGGAGGUGGUGGGAGCAGGAGGCAGCGAGCACCAGGCUUGGCACCCCCGACCCAGCCCCACCAGCACCAGAGGGUCUCGCCCUACCAAGCCCCCGGCUGGUUGAACCACAGCUCACACCAAAAAGAGCAAAUCCAGCCUUUCAGCCUCAACACAUCGGCCCCACAGGGCUCAGGAGUCACCGUGACCGUGGCUGCGAGGGAAGAAGUCGCACCUCCUGCCCCACGGGCCCCAGCGAGCAAAGACCUUCACUCCAGGGUCCCAUCCCGUCCGUCGGUGCCACCCCACAGGGGGACUGUUGGAUGGACGG